AUGCGCACUUACUGGCCUCUCUUCCUGGCUUUGGCCAGCGCAGUUCGCGCCCAACAGAACAGUACAGUCUUAGGUGCUCAAGCCACGCCAUCACCGCCUUCUUCCGCACCCGAAGCUACCGAGGAGGCAUUCCAGGCGCAAGGUGGUGGAUAUGGACAGGGCGGCAGUACUUGUAAAACCACGAGCACGAUAUAUCAGUAUGGACAGGCUUCUACCUCCACUGUCAAAAUCACUGUCACAUCGCCCAAGACAUGUCCAAGUCCAAAGCCUGUGACAUCAACCAAGACCGUCACGCCGUCGCUUGGUUAUGGCGCAAAUCCUCCAGUAACAGUUACAUUCACCUCAACAAAGGAAGUCACCAAGUCUGGUGGAUACAACGCAUCUCCACCUCCCCCGAAGACAAUCACUGUCACAUCAACAUCAACAUCAACGAAAGAGGUCACCAAGUCCGGGUCACCACCACACACAAUUACCGUCACUUCUCCCGGAUACUGCGCAAAUCCACCUCCUUUAACUGUGACUCAAGUGAACAACUCCACUAUUACAAAGACUACAACUGUUACUUCGUCUGAGUAUUGUGCUGUCCCACCGCCCGUAACUGUGACCAAUGUAAACAACUUCACUGUUACUAAGACCGAGUAUGAAACUGUUACAGGGCCCACAACCACCAUCAACAACACAAUAACGCAAUUUACUACAGAGACAUUGACUUCAACAGUGGUAACUCUAGUACCAACUACUGAAACUAGCUACGAAACAACCACGGACUAUAAGACAAUUACAGACUAUGAGACAACCAUAACCACAACCACAGACACGGACUAUGAGACAACCACAACAACAGACUAUGACACGAUUACAGACUAUGUCACCACGCCGUUGACAACGACGAAAACUGAUACCACCACGCAAACCGAUGUUUCUGUGUCUACUACGGUCAGCAUAUCCACGUCGACCUACACUUCGGUCACUACUUACUCUACUACUCUCUAUGAGACUAGUACUCUAACACUGCCGGGGACAACCUCCGUCACAACAGAGACAGUCGUCUCUAGGACUACGGAAACGCUUACUCUAACUGACUAUAUUUCUGUGACGCAAACUAUUCCCGGGCCGACUGUGUCUGUUCCAGGUCCUACCGAGACAACGGUGCAGACGGUAUCUAUACCUGGACCGACUGCGACCUCAGUGGAGACGGUUUCAGUACCUGGCCCGGUUGAGACGGUGUCAGUACCCGGACCGAUCGAGACCAUCAUCAGCUUCCAACCAACAACGACAACACAGGUGGUCAGUAUAACAACAACGUCCCUUACGACCAGCGUAUCUACGUCAGUGUCAACGUCGACAACAACAGAGUUCAUUGAGACUACCCUUACUCUAUCUGGUACUACAAGUGUUAGCACGGAGACCGUGAUCUCUGAGGUGUUGGUCACUACAACAUUCACACAGACCGUUCCAGAGACUGUUGUUUUGACGUCUGACCGAACUAUUGUGAUCACGACUCCAGGCCCAACGCAGACCGUCGAAGAGACCGAUACCCUUACGCAGACAGUGACAGAGGUCUCCACUCAGCUCAGCACCCUGACCUUACCACCACAAGUCAUUGUAACCACCACCACCCUUGAGGGCGAAACUUCAACAAUCACGACCCAAAUUCCGCCUAGCACUGUGGUAUCGACCAUCGUGUCAACUCUCAUCUUCCCUCAAGUGACAGUGACCUCUGUCAGCGUCUCGCCUCCAGAGACCAUAGUAGAGACAUUUACACAGCCAGGCCAAAUUACCACUACCACUUUGACUCUCCCUGGAAGUUCGACAACGUUCACGACGCAGCUCCCUGCAAGUACCGUGCUUUCUACCAUUACCCUACCUGGCGACAUCACAACUACCACCGUUCAGCUUCCCGGAACUACGUCCGUCAUAACGACUCAACUUCCCGCGAGUACUAUAGUUUCGACAUUGACGUUGCCGGGCGACGUUGUCACUUCCACAGUUCAGCUGCCUGCGGAAACCUCCGUCGUGACAACCCAACUGCCAGCCAGUACUAUCCUCUCGACCGUAACUCUGCCUGCGGUCACUUCGACUGUGGUUAGCCAAUUACCAGGUAGCGUUUCGACAAGUACCUUACUCUCAACCAUCACCCUACCAGGAUCCACAGUAUUGAGCACCGUAUCCCUUCCCGGCUCGACCUCGGUAUCUACUGUAACUUUACCUGCGACGACCUCGGUAUCUACCAUCCUCAUCACACAGUCUUUCAUCACUACUCAAGUUCAACCCACGACCAUUAUACAGACAUUGACACCGAGCUCAUCUUCCACGACGCCUGCAUCUAUCUCCUGCUCUAGCAAAUGUCAGAUCGAUGUUACGGCAACUAGGUUAGAAUUCCCUGGAGUGGUUGUGACUAGUACCACAUUCGUACCGACAGUCACUCUCGAAAUCUACACGGAUAACGCGCAGAAUGAUGUCAGCUCUUCGCUCUUCACCAACGCAUUACCUCCUCAAACGCCGACAACAAUCACAUGGGACUACUCCGGCGUUCCUCUGACUUACCCUACGACGUAUGCGGCCUACGAAACGUUCAGUCAUCUUGAGGUUGAGGCGAUAGGGUCAGUUUGUGUGACUGAAACAGACACUUUGACAUUGCCAGCGCCUACGAACUAUGCGUCUCUCGUUGUACCCCUAAGCGAGGUCCCUGAUACAGCAUUUGUGGCGCCCACAGUAGUCGACUAUCUCAAUCAGCAGCCGACAAUCAUUGCUCAGCUCGGCCAGUCGAUCGGUCCAAACGCCUGUGAUCCACUAGAUGGAAGUACAGUUGAUGGCGUUCAAUCUACAGUUGGAACUGCUACAUAUAUCACGUCCGUUGCAGGCUUGUCAACGUCAACGGUUCGAAAGCCGACAGCGCAAUCCGCGAUUCUGCCAUCUUCUGAAGCUCCACCCACGACAAGCGCAGCACCGGUGACCACUACUGCUCCUCCAAGCUCGGCACCGCCAACUCCUUCCCCCACUUCAAGUAGGCCUUCCCCUGCACCUUCUUCUUCUAGUGCCAUCACAGUUUCUAGUAGCUCGCCCCCUCCAUCUCCACCCUCAAGCAGUGCUUCCCCAUCACCUCCAUCGAGCGUGGCUCCGCCGCCUAGCGGCCAAGCGCCCGAACCAUCUAGCACUGUUCUUCCACCUUCCAGCGUUGCGCCUCCGUCAAGCAGCUCUGCUGACUCCGCGUCUGAAGUUCCAUCGCCAUCUCCCAUUCCCUCGUCGUCCGCCUUACCUCCGCCCCCCGAAUCAUCAGCGGUCCCUGAACCAUCGACCGUCGUCGAGCCCACUUCCUCACUGGAAGCACCCUCGUCUGCACCUCCUUCCUCCUCGAUCCUCGUAUCAAGCCGCACAUCCACGCGCUCAGCCACCACCUCGGACGGCAUCUCAUCCGCUCCCCAGAGUUCACUUUCUGAGUACACUGGAGGUGGUGCGUUACCGACAGGGCAUAUCGCGGGUUUGCUGAUCGGUGCUGCGGGUCUUGGGUUGGGACUUUUCUAA